AUGAUCGACGUGAGGAAGAGAAAGCGGAUGCUCUCGAACAGGGAGUCAGCGAGGAGAUCGAGGAUAAAGAAGCAGCAGCAAUUGGAUGAUCUGAUAAACCAGGAGGCGCAGCUCAAGAGCCAAAACAGUCAGAUCGCAGUGCAGAUCAAUCUGGUAACAGAGCAGUACAACAAAGUGGAAUCUGAGAAUGCUGUGCUGGGGGCUCAGCUGAGAGAACUGACCGAGAGGCUGCAAUCGGUGAACUCGGUGCUCCAUUUCAUUGAGGAGUUCAGCGGGAUGGCCAUGGACAUACCCGAGAUACCAGACCCUCUCCUGAUGCCAUGGAAGCUUCCUGGCAUGGCACAGCCAGUCAUAGCCAAUUCUAACAUAGUCCGAUUCUGA